GGGGAUGGGUUGUUCUCGCUGUCAUUCCUAUAGCGCAAGCGCACCAGUGCCGGUUAUUGUGCUAAUAUUGUACUGAAGCGUUCGGGUGCCUCGUAUCUGCGAGCGCCCUCCUUUCUGCCUUCUUUUCACACUCCUCUUGACCCGGCCCGGAGCCUUCUAGCUCAGCUGAGUCCAGCUCAAGGAAGAUGCCGAUCAACAAAUCUGAGAAGUCAGACAGUUCUGAUAAUGUUAAGGUGGUUGUUCGCUGCCGGCCUUUCAAUGAGCGAGAGAAAGCAAUGUGUUACAAGAUGGCAGUUAAUGUCGAUGAAAUGCGAGGCACUAUUACUGUCCAUAAGACAGAUUCUUCCAAUGAACCUCCCAAGACAUUUACAUUUGAUACUGUUUUUGGACCAGAGAGCAAACAACUUGAUGUUUAUAAUUUAACUGCAAGGCCAAUAAUUGACUCUGUUUUGGAAGGAUAUAAUGGUACCAUUUUUGCUUAUGGACAGACUGGAACAGGAAAAACGUUUACUAUGGAAGGUGUCCGGGCUGUUCCAGAGCUCAGAGGGAUCAUUCCAAAUUCUUUUGCUCAUAUAUUUGGGCACAUUGCAAAGGCAGAAGGUGAUACAAGGUUUUUGGUUCGAGUCUCUUACUUGGAAAUCUACAACGAAGAAGUGCGUGACCUGCUGGGAAAGGACCAGACACAGAGGCUAGAAGUUAAAGAACGACCUGAUGUGGGUGUUUAUAUCAAAGAUCUUUCAGCUUAUGUUGUAAACAAUGCAGACGACAUGGACAGAAUUAUGACACUUGGCCACAAAAACCGUUCUGUUGGUGCCACUAACAUGAAUGAGCACAGCUCCCGUUCCCAUGCUAUCUUUACAAUUACAAUUGAGUGCAGUGAGAAGGGUGUUGAUGGGAAUAUACAUGUGCGCAUGGGCAAAUUACACCUAGUAGAUCUUGCGGGAUCUGAAAGGCAAGCAAAAACUGGAGCCACUGGACAGCGACUAAAGGAAGCUACCAAAAUCAACCUUUCCCUCUCUACCCUUGGGAAUGUCAUUUCUGCACUGGUGGAUGGAAAGAGCACUCACGUGCCUUACCGGAACUCUAAACUGACUCGACUGCUACAGGAUUCUCUUGGAGGCAACUCCAAAACGAUGAUGUGUGCAAACAUUGGUCCAGCAGACUACAAUUAUGAUGAGACUAUCAGCACUCUGCGAUAUGCCAACCGUGCCAAAAACAUCAAGAAUAAGGCUAGAAUUAAUGAAGAUCCAAAGGAUGCCUUACUUCGCCAAUUUCAAAAAGAAAUCGAAGAGCUUAAGAAAAAAUUGGAGGAAGGGGAAGAGAUCUCUGGUUCCGAGACCAGCGGCUCUGAAGAAGAUGAUGAAGAUGAUGAUGGAGAGAUUGGCGAAGAUGGGGAAAAGCGAAAGAAGCGAAGGGGCAGUAGCAGCAGCAGUAGUUCAGACUCCACAUGCUCUGUCAUAGAGAAACCUCUGGAUAAAUCCUUCACUAAUCAAUCAGGAAAGAAGAAAGUUUCUCCUGAUAAGAUGUUGGAGAUGCAAGCUAAGAUUGAUGAAGAAAGGAAAGCUCUUGAAACAAAGCUUGAUAUGGAAGAAGAAGAAAGAAACAAAGCCAGGGCAGAGCUGGAGAAGAGGGAAAAAGACCUGCUUAAAGCACAACAGGAACAUCAGUCUUUGCUGGAGAAGUUGUCUGCCUUGGAAAAAAAAGUGAUCGUAGGAGGUGUGGACUUGCUGGCAAAAGCAGAAGAGCAGGAGAAGCUCCUAGAAGAAUCUAACAUGGAGCUUGAGGAGCGAAGGAAAAGAGCAGAGCAGCUCCGUAAGGAGCUUGAGGAGAAAGAGCAAGAGCGUUUGGACAUUGAGGAAAAGUACACCAGUCUUCAGGAGGAAGCACAAGGGAAGACCAAGAAGUUGAAGAAAGUCUGGACAAUGCUAAUGGCAGCAAAGUCAGAGAUGGCAGAUUUGCAACAAGAACAUCAGAGAGAAAUUGAAGGCUUACUGGAGAACAUUCGACAGCUCAGCAGGGAGCUUCGUCUUCAAAUGCUUAUUAUUGACAACUUUAUACCACAGGACUAUCAGGAAAUGAUUGAAAACUAUGUUCACUGGAAUGAAGAUAUUGGAGAGUGGCAGUUGAAAUGUGUUGCAUAUACCGGCAAUAACAUGAGAAAACAAACUCCAGUGCCAGAUAAAAAAGAAAAAGAUCCCUUUGAGGUGGACCUUUCCCACGUAUAUCUAGCUUACACUGAAGAGAGCUUGAGACAGUCUUUGAUGAAACUAGAGAGGCCAAGAACUUCAAAAGGACGAUCAAGACCCAAAACUGGCAGAAGAAAACGUUCUGCAAAAUCAGGCACUGUGAUUGAUUCGUUGCUUCAGUAGACUAUGACAGCGGUGGGUUUGGAAUAAAUGCUAGUGUGUGGCUUAAUGCUUGCCCAAAAUAUGCAGAUUUUUGAGAUCACAGAAGAGUUUGAUGUUUUAUUGACAGAGAAGUAGCUACAAUGGCCUAUGUUUGCAUCUUGAAGUGAACAAGAAAUAAAUUUGUUUUCCUUGAUUUGCCAUUAUUGAUCUGUUAUAUUAAAAUAAUAUGUUCACUCUAAAAUAGGUGGUAAGUGUAAACUUGUCAGUGUUACUAAUGCUGCUCCAGGCAUUGUGCAGGUGAAGCUGUUGGGGAUAUCUUGUAUAUUUAAAAUGAAACAUAGUGACUGGAAAAAUAUUUUGUGUGUGGCUGAAUUUUAAUCAGAAUAAUCCUGUUGUGAAUAGAUAACCAGAAUUCCACAUUCUGAUCUACCUGUUUUGCUUUGUACAUUGCCAUUUGCCAC